GAAGUUAUGUGCGAGUAGUCCAUAAUAAUCAUAAUAAUAAUAAUAAUAAUUCAUAGAUCGCCAGGUCUCCUUGAACUUUUUUCGGGAUUUCUUCUGCAUCUACUACUGCAGGUAGAGUCAAGACCACUGGCAUUUGCCCUUCCAGCCGCAAGCCGACGUAGUCUUACUACGGAAUACGGAUACGCCGUAGAGAACGCCAAGGUGGUACAAUGUUUGACGAGCCUGAUAUUCCCGACCGGACUGCGAAGCCGCUGUCAGAAUCCGUAGAAACACCUAUGAUGAAAUACACGGACGCGGUGGUCGAAACAGCUGAUUCGGCGGGAGAGUUUUCGCAGCGAGUUGCCAGUGGAAAGGUUCCUUUGGAUGAAGCCCUAAUUUACCACGCAAGAAUCGGCAAUACAACUGCCAUCCGCGAAAUGUUAGCGAACAAAACAGCGGGAUUGGCGAACCUUAACAUUAACCAUCUAGGUACACUGAAAUGGAACCGUGACUGUUCAGCACUGCACGUGGCGGCGUAUUUUGGGCAUUUGGACGUGAUUAAAUUGUUGAUCUCCGAACCGGAUAUCGAUCUCAACUUGCAAAACAACCAUUCCGAAACCGCACUGCAUAAGGCUGCGUUGACCGGAAGGAGCGAAAUUGUGCGUCUCCUAUUAGCCAACGAAGCCAACUCGUUGAUCCCUGAUGAUACGGGCAAAAGACCAUCGGAUACGGCUCUAAAUAGCGAAAUCCGAAGUAUGAUCAAAGACGCAGAACAAGCCCAGAAAUGCCGCCAGCGAGAAUCUUUAUUUCACUGUUGUCGAACGGGAAAUGUGCAGCUGCUUAGGACGUUGUUGGAUAGCCACCACGCACCAAACGUGGCCGAUAUGGAUACAGACGGAAACACAGCUCUGCAUCACGCUGUGCGCCACGAUCAACGGGAAGUUGCAUCGUUGUUAAUGCGACAUGGGUCCAAUCCGAAUACGAAAAAUUUCUUCGGGAAGUCUUCUUUCGAUCUGGUUGUUAGCGAACCUAUGCAAAAGAUUCUCGAAAUUAGAUCACCAUCCAUUUCCGUUCCGACCUGUGAGCCAUUUGAAGGAGUUUUGUCGAAGUGCAACAGAAUAUGGAAUAUUUGGCGGAGAUACUGGGUGCAUUUGCAUAACGGAACCAUAUCAUUUUACCGAGCACGAAGAGAUGUGGGAAAUGAACACAUGCGGAAAAUUUACCGCCAUCUGGAUGGCAGUGUUUUACAUAAACGACAGAGGGAUCUUGAUUUUGCUAUUCGGUUUUCUGACGGAACUACAUUUUUUCUACGGAUACCGAGAGAUACCGAAGCACACGCUCGCGAGAGCUGGAUGCAACAUAUUGAACAACACAUUGUAUACAGCAAUCAUUAUGUUGGUUUAUCAGACCUUAAGCGGCAUGUUCCGGAGCAGACUUUGCAUAGCAUCGAAAAGUCUUUUGUAGAAGCGAAAAUAAGAUUAGCGGAUCUGCAGAAAUGUCUUACUGCCUUACGGAGUGGUCAUCUCUGGGAGCAUCAAAACACCCACAACUUAUCUCUACUGGAUAUAUAUAAUGCCGCUGAGCGAUCCCAUUUGGCAUUGCAGUUGUGUUUUGAUAUGAUGCGGGAACAAGAAAGAAUACGGGAAAAGCAACUGGCAGAAGAGCGCGAACGUUGUCGAGUGUUGGAGAAUGCCCUGCAGGUUCUGGCUACUGAGCACGACGCUGUGCUGAAUUCUAUGGAGCAUAUUUCAUCGCUAGGAAAUGUAUCCAGUGCUGGAUCGGUCUAUUUUUCACCACCAGAAUCUCUUGCUGAUGUGGACGAUGAGGCUUAUUUGGAUGAUAACCAAUCUGUGAUAUCAGCGGAUGACGAAUUCCGCGAUGCCGAAAGUUUGGAAAACAUGAGCGUUGGACCAGUUCAGACCAAGCCGGAACAUGGUGAUAAUGGGACUUUUUCAACGGAUGUUCACGCACAGCCCACUCCGAAUGGAGCGUUCGGAGACGAACAAAACAUGCCUGCUCGGUCAAAGUUUGGUGGAAGGACAUCCCUUCCUGUACCGCAGUUUUCCAGGAAUGAUUUCAGCAUUUGGAGCGUUCUGAAGCAAUGUAUUGGCAAGGAUCUUUCCAAAAUUACUAUGCCUGUUGUAUUUAACGAGCCUCUUAGCUUCUUACAACGCAUGAGCGAGUACAUGGAAUACGCCCAUCUUCUUGAUCAGGCCGCGACGUGUGAUGAUCCCGUCGACCGAAUUCUGUAUGUGACAGCCUUUGCCAUCUCAUCUUGCGCGUCAAAUGCCGAUCGUAUUGGGAAGCCAUUUAAUCCUCUUUUGGGAGAAACCUUUGAACUGUCUAGACCUGAACUGGGAUAUCGAAUGAUUUGUGAACAGGUUUGUCAUCAUCCACCAGUCAGCGCCUUCGACGCCUCGGCGGAAACGUGGCGUUUUUAUGGUUCAAUACUACCGAAACUAAAGUUCUGGGGCAAGUCGGUGGAGAUUCAGCCAAAAGGAACCGUUACAGUGGAAUUGAAAAAGUACAAGGAAGUUUAUUCCUGGUCCAAUGUAAAUCUGCAGGUCAAUAACAUUAUUGUGGGGAAGCUUUGGAUAGAACAGUACGGUACAAUGGAAAUUAUCAAUCACACUACGGGGCUUUCCUGCAUAAUGACGUUUCAUCCUGCUGGGUGGUCGAAUAAAGAUCUUCAUCGUGUCAAUGGAUACGUAGUUGACAAAAGCAAGCGCCAGGUGCGGGCAGUUUUUGGCAAAUGGACGGAAUAUCUGUUAUCAUGUGAUGUGGAUGCAUUUGAACGUUUUUCCCGCAAUCUUCCCCCGCGCAAGCGCUCGUCUUUUAGUGGAAACCUUGGGCGGCGGUUAUCUUCCAGUAAAGAUAGUGAUGCACGCGACCAACGCGAUGAACAUGGCGGUAGCCCAUCACAGGAUGCAAGCCCAGUCGGCCAUGAUCCAAUGUUUGACAUCCCCGGUGCAAAAAUUCUGUGGCAACUGGAUCCACGGCCUCUGUAUUGCUCAAAGUACUAUGGAUUUUCCUUGUUUGCUAUGGGUUUGAAUGAGCUUGAUCCGGAAAUGAGAGGCAGGCUGGCGCCCACUGAUUGUCGAUAUCGGCCAGAUAUGCGGGCGCUAGAGAACGGCGAUCUUGAUGGCGCAUCCGAACAGAAAAAUCGGUUGGAAGAAAAACAGCGCGCUGUUCGUAAAGCGGGGCACUCUCACAAGCGCGGCCACAGUUCUAAAGAUAAAGAAGACUUCACUCCGAUGUGGUUUUCCAUGCGGAAAAAUCCCCAUCAUGGCAUAGAAGAUUGGAUGUCGAAUGAUAAAUACUGGGAUCGUGACUACUCCACAUGCCCGGAUAUUUACUGAGUUUGAUUGUUACUGGAUCUCUCUUUUCUGGGCACUAAUGGAUUGCUGCGAGAUGCUUUUGAUCGCGAUGGUCCCAGAUGGAAGCGCUCUUUAAGUAAUAAGGAAGGUGCUACACUAUUAUGCUCACUGAUGGAACAGCUGCUGCUCUGUCUCUGUGAGACGCUGCGGCUGUUAACGGGAAGAUUAUUUUCAGUGUUGUUUCCGUUUGACAAUCGAUUUUAAUCGCUGUUGUUGAUCCUUUAUUGCUUAAUUGACCGUGGUUGCCCUGUUCGGGAUAGAAUUGCGCUGCUGUCAGUCAGCUCGGUGAUAGAAAGUUUUAUUCAUGUGUUUUGUUAAAAAUCGAUGCGGGUAUGGAAGUCUCUGCGUUCUUCCAAAAUUGUUGUAUUACGGAAUAAAUGUUUUUCCAAUAUAUAAA